AUGGCUGACGCUCUGCUCUCUCAGUUAGUUCUAGAACGAAAAAUCGACAUCGUCAUCAGAAGCGAGCAAUACAAGAAAAUUUGUAACACAGGAUGGUAUGAGGACUACACUGGAACCGAAGCUAUCUGGGAGCUAUCAAAAGGAACACUUAAUGCUGUAAGUAAUGGAAGCGGGGAAGGUUUUGUAUGGGUAAGGACAAAUGACUACACUGUUAUAAGCUGCUAUCUAACACCCAAUGACACUAUUGGUGAAUUUGAAAACAAACUCCAUAAUAUAGAAGAGAAGGCUAGAGAAAUCGGAGGCUCCCUAAUUAUUGCAGGGGACUUCAACUCUAAAGCAAUCGAAUGGGAUUCCACGACGACAAACUCACGCGAUCGACGCGUACUUGAUAUGGUGUCUAGAUUGAGGCUUGCAGUAGCAAACUCAAGUUUCGCUACAACAUUCAGAAGACCCGGAUGUGAAGCCACAACUCCAGAUAUAACACUUGUGUCGGAUACGUUUUCAGGGGCACUCAGAGACUGGAAAGUGCUGGAAGAUUAUACCGGCUGCGAUCGCCAGUAUGUUGAAUUCAGGAUUACACUGCGGGAGAGUGCUGCAACAGAUUAUCAACCUAGCAGGAUGCGAAAAUGGAGGGUAGACCAUUUAGAUGUACCAACUCUACUUGCUGCUAUAGACAGCAGGGUUGCAGAAAGGGAUCCCAUACUAAACUCAUUCUACAAGCUUGUAAUGUUUCCAUGUCAAAAGCGGGAAGAUCAACCCGAAAGAAAGCCGCAUACUGGUGGACCGAGCAAAUCGCAGAAAUGCGGACCAUCUGUUUGA